AUGCCGACCACACGAAGUCAGACCAAGCGAUCCGAUACCAACCGAAUACCAGAUGUUGACCAAGCUCUCAGCCAGGCAGUUCCCGGUCCCAUGAUCGAAUGGCUGGACUUGGACUUUUCAGAGACAUCACCUAUAAAGCAAAUGAACUGGAGAGAUUCUCUGAACGAGAUUCAAGGGGUCGAGGGAUGUCGCCACAUCACUUUCGCAUGCCCCCUCGAAAUGCCCCACAGGCUAUGGAUUAUCAUUGAGUGGUAUUCAGGAACACAACGAAAUGACUUCCACAGAACAGACACAAUUGCUAGCAACGCCAAGAAGACUCUUUACCAAUACAGCGACAAUGUCCAUUCUAGUUAUCGAGUGGACUACUGUAUUGGCGACAUGAUCCUCGCCGGCUUGUAUCCCGAUCCAAGACAAAUCUACGAAGUCUGGAUGGUUUACUUUCCUAUCUACACAUUGGACGCUGAAAAGAAGCGAGAGUGUCAGCUACCUAUCCUGUUGAAUUUCUAUGACAGAUAUGAUGAGCCUUCCAAUCCGAUGUCCGGGAUUCUCAGUCACAACAUCGCCUGGCUAUCUGGGGAGAUCAAUUACCAAGGGGUGCAAUGUCAACGCCUCGCAUGGUUUAUGGAGUGGAGAUCCAAGGAGGCGGAAGAGCUCUACAAGACGACCGUACGAUGGGUGAGAGAGGAUGAGGGCAAAUACAGCAAACCACAACUGACACUAAAUAUGUUUAUCGAUGACUUGAAGAGCCUUGGAAUGGUAGGGCAUGAGACGUGGCACGCUCACUUUGAGAGCAUCCUACAUGCGCUCGAUACAUCAGUGCUACAUACUGUGUAG